AUGUCCAAAUCAAUCGUCAACCGCACCCCCUACCCCUUCUCCUUCCCCCCUCCAUCAAACAACUCCCCUUCAUUCCCAAACACCCGCGGCCGUCUCCCCAGCCUACAAGCCUCCCGUCUACGCACGAUGGUCCUAGACGCGCACACCGACCCAACCAAGAUCCUCGCCCAUGUAUGCAGCUACGAUGCCCUGACCUCGAAACUGUGUCAGGACGCCGGCUUCCCAGUUGUGUUUCUGGCCGGGUACGCAAUGGCGAGUUCGCUCGCCCUGCCCGACACAGGGUACAUUGCCUUCCAGGAAGUCGCGGCCCGGAUCCAGGAGGUUGUGCGUGCUGUUGAUGUGCCUGUUCUGGCGGAUGGGGAUACGGGGUAUGGAGGGCCGAUGAAUGUUAGGAGGACUGUGCAGGGGUUCGCACACGCAGGUGCAGCGGGGGUUAUGAUUGAAGACCAGACCUGGCCUAAACGAUGCGGGCAUACAAAAGGUAAGUCCGUGGUAAGCCGGUCCGAAGCAUACGCACGGUGGCGCGCAGCAGUCGACGCCCGAAACGAAGGGCUAGACAUCUGGAUCCUGGCACGGACAGACUCGUUCAUCCACGGAUACGACGAGGCACUGACGCGGGCUCGUGAGGCUAUUGCCAUCGGCGUGGACUGUGUCUUUGUUGAAGCACUGCCUGAUAAAGAGACCAUGGCGAGGCUGCGUACGGACCUGGAUUUCCCUGUCUUCGGGAAUAUCAUCGAGGGAGGCAAGACGGAGAAUGUUUCGGCCAAGGAGCUGGGGGAGAUUGGGUAUAGUGCUGUUGCGUAUCCGUGGACGCUUGUGGCUGCGAAGUUGAGGAGUGUGAGGGAGGCGCUGGAGGGGAUUAAAGACAGCUUCUUGGUCGGUGGACCGCCGGUUGUGCUGGGGUAUGAGGAGGUGUGUGAAGGGGUUGGGUUUAACAAGUAUUAUGAGGUUGAGGAGAGAUAUCAGUAUGAGGGCUCGACGACGGGGAGUAGGGGGUAUCAGUGGUAGUAUUUCUAGGGUAGGGU